ACUAAUGUGAUACGUCGUCUCACGCAGAAAGGAGGACAAGAAACAUUGAGAUAAAAAUAAACAGAAGUCGGCGUUGGUAAAAGUUAUAAUAACUAUGGCUCUGGGAGACUGCUGGAAGAGUUUAUCGUGGUUGUACUACCAGUAUAUUCUGGUGACGGCGCUGUACAUGCUGGAGCCCUGGGAGAGGACGGUGUUUAACUCUCUGUUGAUCUCAGUGGCCGGCAUGGCUGUUUACACCGGCUACGUCUUCAUGCCGCAGCACAUCAUGGCCAUCCUGCACUACUUCGAGGUCGUCCAGUGACACGAGGACCAGCUCUUUCCCUCCAAAGGUCCCGUCUGACUUCCUGUCUGCGUUCUCCAGGGCUCUAAGUGGGCAUCGUCUCCUCCUCCUCCUCCUUCUGUCCAACUCCCUAGCAAAGGUCAAAGCUCUGAACAUCGUGUUUGAGGUCACGUUGGAGGAUCUUUUUCCCUGGGACUGUUUCUUCCAAAGUGAACAGCGUUGGGCUCGAAGGCUGCUCGGUUUCCUUCACUUGUUUUUAUUUUUAAAUCAAGCUCACUUUACUGUUUUUACAAAAUGUUUGAUUACAUGAUUGUUUAAAGACUGAUUCGACAAUUUCUUUUAAGACAUUGUUGUCUUAGAGUUUUAUGCAAAGAGGCGGACGUCCUUGAUACUCCUUUACGAGCCAAAUAAGAUUAUUUCAUCAGGAGCUUUGGGUCAGAGCGACUUCAGCCAUCCUUAUUCUCCCGCUUCAGAAAGACGGGCAGGUUGUGUAAAUAACGUGUAAUCUGGGAGGGGUUGAGAUAUGAGAUCUGUCUUGUAUUUAUUGUAAAUAAAUGUGAUUAGUUUAUUGUUUUACUCUGGAAAUAAAACUCCAUCAGAAUCUACCUUUAUCAGGUGUUCCUUUUCUUGUAAUUUUAAUUUGCCAAAGAUUCAAAGGUACACCAGUAGCCAAAAAUGGGGGGAACCUUAAUGAGUAUUUCACAAUAAUAGAACUCAGGCUUAAAAGGAAGUCUAGCCUGGAAGAUGUGGUCAUUAUUAACAGCGGGAUCAGACGGCUCUUUCCUGCAGGGUGGAAGCUCUUCUUAUCUCUGUGUAGUUUUGGCUGCAGCUGCUUGUAAACAUGCGGAGGUUUCCCUCCCACACGUCUCAGGUCGUGAACCUUAAAGUCUUGAAACGUAGCUUUCAGCGAGCAUUCAAAUGACACAAUUUUCCCACUGAGGCAGGCACACCCCACACAAGUUUCCUCUUUGUACAGAAAACGAUGAUAAAUGUUUAUAAAAUUCCACUUUUAUGUAUAAUCACCUUUUUAACGUAUGCACAACUACUGAUAUCCCUCUUUAAAAAAACUGAACAAUUCUCCAAAUUGUGUAUAUAUUCUUGUAUACAUAUUUGUAAAGUUUUGUUGGCGAAAAGAAUAAAAUAUUUGUGGUUUCUGGAAA